GUGGGACUGUAGGGAGGUCCCAGCCAACCUCCCUGGUCUUCGUUGGUGGGGCGGGGACCCAAGCCCCAGGGCUACUGACAAACACCUCCUGGGAGGGCCAGACGGAAGUGCAGCAGCGGCUGGGACUGACACGUGGACUUGGGCGGCGCUGCCUGGGAGGGAGGUGGAGGGCAGGGCACUGGGACACUGCUGUGCCCAUGUUGUCCUAGCGCCCAGCCUGAUGCAGCCACCCCCAGAGACCCGCAGAGAUGCAGCUGAAAACGCCCAGUGGUCCAGGCCUGAAUGCCAGGUGUGGACGGGGACACUGCUCUUGGGCACCUGCCUACUCUACUGCGCCCGUGUCACCAUGCCUGUCUGCACCGUUGCCAUGAGCCAGGACUUUGGCUGGAAUAAGAAGGAGGCCGGCAUUGUGCUUAGCAGUUUCUUCUGGGGCUACUGCCUGACGCAGGUCGUGGGUGGCCACCUCGGGGACCGCAUCGGAGGUGAGAAGGUCAUCCUGCUGUCUGCUUCCACCUGGGGCUCCAUCACCAUGGCCACCCCGCUGCUCGCCCACCUUGGCAGUGCCCACCUGGUCUCCAUGGUCUUCUCCCGUGUCCUCAUAGGCCUGCUCCAAGGUGUGUACUUCCCUGCCCUGACCAGCCUGCUGUCACAGAGAGUUCGAGAGAGCGAGAGAGCCUUCACCUACAGCACUGUGGGGGCCGGCUCCCAGUUUGGGACGCUGGUGACUGGGGUCGUGGGAUCCCUGCUCCUGGACUGGUGCGGCUGGCAGAGCGUCUUCUACUUCUCUGGUGGCCUCACCUUGCUUUGGGUGUGUUACGUGUACAGGUACCUGCUGAACGAGAAAGACCUCAUCCUGGCCCUGGGGGUCCUGGCACAAGGCCUGCCCGUGGCCAGGCCCUCCAGAGUGCCCUGGAGACAGCUCUUCCGGAAGCCUUCUGUCUGGGCGGCCGUCUGCUCCCAGCUCUCCUCAGCCUGCUCCUUCUUCAUCCUCCUCUCCUGGCUGCCCACCUUCUUCAAAGAGACCUUCCCCCAUUCCCAGGGCUGGGUCUUCAACGUGGUGCCCUGGUUGGUGGCGAUUCCUGCCAGUCUGUUCAGUGGAUUUCUCUCUGACCACCUCAUCAGUCACGGUUACGGGACCAUCACGGUGCGUAAGUCGAUGCAGGUGAUGGGCCUCGGCCUGUCCAGCGUUUUCGCACUGUGUCUGGGUCACACCUCGAGCUUCCUGAAGGCUGUGGUCUUUGCGUCUGCCUCCAUUGGCCUCCAGACCUUCAACCACAGUGGCAUUUCCGUUAACAUCCAGGACCUGGCCCCAUCCUGUGCUGGAUUUCUGUUUGGUGUGGCCAACACUGCAGGAGCCUUGGCAGGUGUGGUGGGCGUGUGCCUGGGCGGCUAUCUGAUCGAGGCCACAGGCUCCUGGACUUGUGUGUUCAACCUGGUAGCAGUCAUCAGCAACUUGGGGCUGGGCACCUUCCUGGUGUUUGGAAAGGCCCAGAGGGUGGACUUGAGUCCCGCCCAUGAGGACCUCUAGCUCCCCGACUCCCGUCCCGAGUCCCACUUGGAUGCUGGCAGUUUUCAGGGACAAGUGGACCUCAUCCUCAGUGGUAGGAGCCGAGGAGGAAGACCACAGCAGGGCAUCCAGGAGGAAGCAGAGAAGCUGGGAAGGGGCUCAGGCACCCAGCGGGCCUGGCCAGAACCGGGCUCACCUCUCUGAGCCUGUUUCCCUGCCUGCCUGUGGGCAUGACCCUGCCCUCCUCACAGGGUUAAUGUGAUCACUGCCUGUGGC